AUGGUACAGUCAAAUUCGUGGUUUUGGGAGGAGGAGGAGAGGUUGACUGUUCACGAUAUUAUCGGGUCCAUUGGGCGUAGAUUGGCAAAGUCUAGCAGGAUUGUGGAUGCAAACGCUUGGGAUGAAGCUGAAAAAGAUGAGGCCAGGCUCAAAAGAGUUAAAACGGUUUGCUUUUCUGGUGAUAAAAAUUACAUUCUCGAAGAAAGACAUUUCAAUUCGAUGAAGGAAAGUUUAAGAAUUCUGGUAUGGAGAGGCAGUAUAAAUGUCAGUGUACCAUACGCAGUAACAUUACCAGAGAUAAGAUGGGCAGAGAUAAGCGGUGGUUUUUCUUGGCUGAAUGUAGAAGCACUUCAUAAAUUGGCUAGCUUGUGGUGUGACAAUCUUCCCACUCAGCAGAGAAAGUUACCAAAUAGUUUAAGGACGUUAUCAAUCUCUACAAAGGCUGCCACGCGGGACUUAUUAAGUAUAGUGCCAAAUUCCUCCCUCGAAGAACUAAAUCUAUUAUUUCAAAUUGAAGUUCCAAAUCUAUUUUCAUUUCCAUUAUUUCCAAUUGAAGUUCCAGAUGAAGACCCUAGCCAGCCCUUUAAAGAAGAGGAAGACAACACCACAGAUAUAUUUAAUAGAUUUCUUCGCCUUCAGGAUUUAAACAACUUAAGGUAUCUAGUAAUUAAGAGCUGCCAGUCUUUGUGCGAGCUUCCUGAGCAAGCGUGUAGGUUACCUCAUUUGAGAAAACUUUCUAUGUGGAGUUGUAAUAGAAUGAAGCGUCUGCCAGAAUUAUUUGGGCAACUCAAAACUUUAACGCUUUUGGACUUGAAUGACUGUGAAAGUCUGAAAGAGUUGCCCGACACGUUUGGGCAACUCACAAAUCUAACAGAUUUGAACUUGGUGGGGUGUAAAAUUGGGCAACUCACAAAUCUAACAUAUUUGAACUUGGCAAUGUGUAAAAGUCUGAAAGAGUUGCCCGACACGUUUGGGCAACUUACAAAUCUAACAUAUUUGAACUUGUUGUCUUAUGAAAGUCUGAAACAAUUGCCUGACACUUUUGGGCAACUAGAAGCUCUGCAGCACUUAGAUUUAGCAUUCUGUUCAAGGCUUGAGGAAUUGCCUCGUGGCAUUGAACAACUGACAUCUCUUAAAUACCUGGACUCGCGUUCAUGUCGUGUAUUGGAGUCUGGCAUUUGUCAGAAGGACGGCAGCAUCAAAAUAGUAAAGAGAAAUUUGCAUUUUUGUUCCGGCUGUAACAGGGACAAAAAAUUGAAUGUACAAGAUGAUAAUUUGGUGGGUUCAAUAUUAAAAAAACAUUUUUAAUGAAA